AUGACAAAGAUUGAGCAAUGCUUGAUGGGAGCUUAUAUGGAGAAGAUGUCAGGGACAUCUCAAUGUUCACAACGUAUUCAUACAGGUGAAAAGCCUCAUCAGUGUGAUAUUUGUGGGAGGUCAUUCACUGAAAAAGGAACCCUUACUUCUCAUAAAUACAUUCAUACAGGUGAAAGACCCCAUAAGUGCGAUAUUUGUGGUAAAUCCUUCCCUUACUUAAGCAGCUUUAAUAAACACAAAGAUUUUCACACAGGUGUGAAACCAUAUAAUUGUGAUGUUUGUGGCAAAUCCUUUUCUCAAAAGAGUGGCCUUACUACUCACAAAUACAUUCAUACAGGAGAGAAACCAUAUACCUGUGAUAUCUGUAAUAAAUCAUUUUCUCUAAGAAGGAAUUUAGCUGAUCACAGACGCAUUCAUACUGGAGAAAAACCAUAUCAAUGUGAUAUCUGUGGUAAAUCAUUCUCACAAAAGAGUACCCUUACUUCUCAUAAAUAUAGUCACACAGGAGAGAAACAAUAUUACUGUGAUGUCUGUGGUAAGUCUUUCUCUAGAAAAAGUAUUGUUACUACUCACAAACGUAUUCAUACAGGAGAGAAGCCACAUUGCUGUGAUAUCUGUGGUAAAUCAUUCUCUUCCGGAAGUAAGUUGACUACUCACAUACGUAUUCAUACAGGGGAGAAACCGCAUUGCUGUGAUAUCUGUGGGAGAUGCUUCAGUAUAAAACAUAUGUUAGUUGAACACAGACGUAUUCACACAGGUGAAAAACCAUACCACUGCGAUACCUGUGGAAAAUCAUUCUCUUUGAAACGUAACUUGAAUCAACACAAAUCCAUUCAUACAGGAGAGAAGCGAUAUCACUGUGAUAUCUGUGAUAAAUCAUUCUCUGUAAAGAGUAAUUUUGCUGAUCAUAUAUACUAUCACACGGGGGAGAAACCAUAUCAUUGUGAUAUCUGUGGUAAAUCAUUCUCUUAUAAAUCUGGAUUAACUACUCACAAAUUCUUGCAUACUGGACGAAAACCUCAUCAGUGUGAUAUCUGUGGUAUGUCAUUUUCUCAGAAAAGUAGAGUUGCUAUUCACAAACGUAUUCAUACAGGAGAGAAACCGUUUCAUUGUGACAUCUGUGGUAAGUCAUUUGCUCACAAAUGUACCCUUACUAAUCAUAAAUACAUUCAUAAAGGAGAGAGAGCUUAGCACUUAGAGAUCUGUGGUAAGCCGUGGUUGGCGUUAGGAAGGGCAUCCAGCUGUAGAAACUGCCAAAUCAAGAUUGGAACCUGGUGCAGCCAUCUGGUUCG